AUGUAUGGAGCAAAAAGAAAAUUCGAGUUAAUGGCAAACAGUUUGGGAGUUACACAUACCACUGUGGAUGCUCUUACCAAUAACAAUGCUGAACUCGCCCUAAAAGACACUGAGCUAGCUAAUAAGAAGGCUGAACUCGCCAAAAAAAAAAACAGACUUCAUAAUAAUGUAAAACAUAUCUGGGAAACUGAUGAUGAUCUUUCUACUAUGCAACACCAACUAAACAAUAUCCAGUCCGAAAUAUCAACAAUGACUAUGAAUUUCAAGAAAUAUUUGAGUACAGAAUCUGGGGCUAUUGGAUUGAAAUAUUUUACAAGAGAGGAAAAUGAAACUCAUAUCUUUGAAUACGGUGUUAUCAGCUUGCUUGUGGAGAAGAUUAUCACUGACACGCUUAUUCAUUGGAUUUAUGACAAGCCCAUCUACUUUGAAUUACCUGUUAAAUUACCUUAUGCCGGUCUUUCUAAGUGGCAACUGUUUACUACAACCAAAGAUUGGUCCCUACUUCUGCGGGAGCAGUUCUGUUUUCUCGCAGUAAGACCUGAAAUUGUCGAACGUCUCAGCACUCUAUCCGAGAUCUUCAUUGGCGCUAACUCUUACUUAGAAAAGAAGCUUAUUACCAUUGUCGAAAUAGCCGCCCAAGUUAGUCUGGCUAUGCCUGUCAAGCGCAAGAAGUUGGUCAAGGUAAAUGACAAGGCACAAGGUGAUAUGAGAUUUCAAUACUUUUGUGUUAAAAGAUCAAAUAACCGAAUUAUCGACAUUAUUAAAAACAUAUUCAAUUUGACAAGAGUAUGGGUCUUAAUAAAAGAAGUCCAGUGUAUUGUCGACACGUUUUAA